AUGGGUAGGUUCGGGUCUCAGACCAGCUCCUAUAACAGGCUGGUUAUCGUUUUUGUGGCUGUUGGGUCAAUGACAUAUGGAUAUUGCUCUUCGAUUAUCUCCAGUACAAUCGGCCAGCCAGGAUGGUAUGCCUACUUCAGCCUGCCCGCCGAGGGUGAACCGGGAUACGCGACAAUCACUACCCCCGCGAUCUCGACAGCAAAUGGUGUUUUCAGUGCUGGUGGUGCUGUUGGUACACUUUUUAUAAUGUGGUCGUGUGAUUUCUUUGGCCGAAAGGCAAACAUCCAGUUCGGUGCCUUCUUUUCUCUAUUUGGAGGAGCACUUCAAGCCGGCUCGAAUUCACUGGCUAUGUUCCAAGCUGGUCGCUUCAUUUGUGGUCUUGGAAUCGGUAUCCUCGUAACCGUCUGCCCUAUGUAUCUUUCCGAGAUGUCGAGUGCUCUGCGCCGUGGCUGGCUUGUCGGCCACCAUGCCAUUUUCUUGGUCUUCGGAUAUAUGCUUUCGGGAUGGGUGGGGUAUGCCUGCUACUAUGCAACAGGCCCCCUAUCUGGGUUUGGCUGGAGAUUCCCUCUCGCCUUGCAAUGUCUGCCCGCGUUGGUGCUGCUUCUGGGAUCUCCUUGGCUCCCGCGUUCACCUCGUUGGUUGAUUUCGAAGGGUAAGCUCGAUGAGGCGCAGCAUGUUCUCGAACGGCUCCGUGAAUCACCAGAUGACCCGAAUAACUUGGCUGCCAAGGAGGAGUUCUUCCAGACGAAAGAGCAAAUCCGACUCGAGGCUGAGAGAUUAGCUACUUACGGCAGCGUGUGGAAAGCUGUCUUUACAAGGAAAACAUACCGAAAGCGAAUGGCUAUCGGUUUCCUUGCCCAAUGGGGCGCUGAAUUUGGCGGGCCUUUGAUCAUUAACAAUUACGCUGUUCUUCUAUACAAAAACUUGGGCAUGGAGGGUGGCAUGCCUCUGCUCUUGAGUGCUGUCUGGCUGACAACAGCUGGUGUCAUCUACAAUCCUCUGGGCGCCUGGCUCCAUGAUAAAAUUAACUCCCGGCGCGGCAUGUACAUGACCGGCUUUGUCGGCAUUAUCGUGUCUACAUCCUGUCUGGCUGCUAUGACCGCCCAGUAUGCUGGUACAACCAACAAGGUCGGAAAUGGAUUUGGUAUAUUCUUCAUGUACCUUUAUCUGGCCUUCCAGGGUACUUUCUGUGAUACCACCAUGUACCUCUAUGUCUCCGAGAUCUUCCCGACUGAAAUCCGACCAAUUGGAAUGGGCUUUUCUCUCUUCGGUCAAUUUGCUGCCACCCUCAUCCUCCUGCAAACCGCCCCCAUGGGCUUCGGGAAUGUCGGCUGGAAAUAUUAUCUUGUCAUUAUUUGCUGGUCUGCAUUCUUCAUUCCCGUCAUCUACUUCUUCUUCCCCGAGACUGCUGGUCUCACCCUAGAGGAAAUCGCCAAAAACUUCGGCGAGGAGGUUGCUUUUGACCUCACCGGCGCCACGGACGAGGAAAAAGCUCAGCUCGACCACCAGCUAGCCACAGAUGACGUUCAAUCAUCUGUGGGCUCAGAGCUAGAGAAGGAAACUAAGCCGUCGUCAACAGACGGGGCUGAGCAGCAUGUGCCGAAAGCAGAAUAA